UGAAACCGUUGAUCGCUUUUGUCUCGGUCGUAUAAAAUAAAAUAAGAAGACAGUUUCAGUCCGUAAUCUCUAUCUUGUUCGUCGCGACUCAAACGAGGUUCCGCCGAUUAUUAUCCUUUUUCUCCAUUCUUGAGAGAUUUUGUUGGAUUGUUUUUGUUCUGAGUCGUCUUGGAUCUGUCGGUGUUGGUGCUUUGUUCUUGGAGCUAGGGAUUUGAGGGACGAUGGAAAGUGAUUUGAUUGGAUUGUUCGAGGGAGCUAAGAAGGCAGCCGAUGCGGCGGCUCUCGACGGUGUUGCUUCCUCAGGUCCUGAGGUUUCUCAAUGUCUCGAUGCCCUUAAACAGCUCAAGAAGUUUCCUGUCACAUACGAUACGCUCGUUGCGACUCAGGUGGGAAAAAAGCUGAGGUCUCUUGCAAAACACCCUAUUGAGGAGAUCAAAAGCGUAGCUACUGAUUUGCUUGAGAUAUGGAAGAAAGUUGUCAUUGGAGAGACAGCCAAGGCUAAGAAAACCGAAGGCACUAACGGUUGUAAAGCUGAAACUGUCAAAGAGGCUAAGGUGAAUAAGAUGGAUGUUGAUAAGCCUUCAAAUCCUGCUCCUGUUAAAGUCCAGAAACUUCAGAGGGGUGAUUCGGCUAAGAGUAUCAAGGUUGAGAGAAAGGAACCAGACAAUAAAGGCGUUACUGGUGUCAAGAUAGAGAGAAAGGAACUAGACAACAAAGUCACUAAUGGAACCAAGAUAGAUUAUCGUGGUCAGGCUGUUAAGGAUGAAAAGGUCUCAAAGGACAACCAAUCAAGUAUGAAAGCUCCAGCUAAGGCACCUAAUGCUCCUCCAAAACUAACUGCAAUGCUCAAAUGCAAUGAUCCUGUGCGUGACAAAAUCCGUGAGUUGCUUGUAGAUGCGUUGUGCAGGGUUGCUGGAGAAGCUGAUGACUAUGAGAGAAAGUCAGUAAAUGCUAGUGAUCCACUCCGUGUUGCUGUCUCAGUGGAAUCACUGAUGUUUGAGAAAUUGGGUCGCUCAACUGGAGCUCAGAAGCUUAAGUACAGAUCUAUAAUGUUCAACCUGAGGGACGGUAACAACCCGGACUUAAGAAGGAGGGUUCUCACCGGGGAGAUUUCACCAGAGAAACUCAUCACAUUGUCUGCUGAAGAAAUGGCAAGCGACAAGAGGAAACAAGAGAACAAUCAGAUCAAAGAGAAAGCCCUGUUUGAUUGCGAGCGUGGUCUUGCAGCAAAAGCAUCUACCGACCAGUUCAAGUGCGGGCGGUGUGGUCAACGCAAAUGCACCUACUAUCAGAUGCAAACAAGAAGUGCUGAUGAGCCAAUGACGACCUAUGUUACAUGUGUUAACUGUGACAACCACUGGAAGUUCUGUUAAGGAGAUCUCUGUGUGUCUUUGUAUUUCAUGAGACCAUGUUAAGACAUAGAGGCUCUGAUUGAUUAAUCAGGAGCUUCAUGUCCAUUUGCCAUCAUUCCGUGAAUGUUCCGGCUCCGAUGUUUGUUUUAAGGAUAUCAUUCAAUGUCUUAGAGAUUAGUAAGUAGGGGUAUUUACUAAUUUAGGUGUUUGUAGCUCUUAUUUCUUUUGCUUCUCUUCUUCCAAACUGUCAACUCAACUUUCUUGCAGAUUUUACCAAGUUUUGAAGUUUAUUUAGUUUCAGAAUUAUGUU